AGUAAAUUAUAGUAUUACAUAUAUAGAAAAGGUUGGUGAAAGCGAAGUGGGAGAGAAGAAGGAGAAGAAGAAGCAGCAACAGCAGAAAGAAAGAAGGCGACCUUAGCUUUAAUUUUCUUCUGAGCUUUCUCUCCUUUCAUUAUCUAUCUUCAAUUCCCACAUAUAUCCCAGCCUGAUCGAUGGCCUGAAUUUCUUGUUGGAUUGGGAAAUCAGUAUGUUUUACUGUACUGUCUCCAUACUUUCCAUUGAUUAUAAUAAUCAUAAUAACAAGAGGGGAUUAAAGAUUGAAGAUUCCUUCUUCACAGUGUACGCUUGAAUUGAAGAAGCGCAAGGAUCAUCGCAGUUCCCAUGUUCAGAGUCUUGUUCUCUUUCACUGCCAGUGAGAAAAUGAUGUUUCUGGGCUUCUGCACCCUUUCGUCUAGAUCCAUCCUUGCUUCGUUUACAGGUUCGAGAGGAGAAAAGGGUUCAGAGAUUUAUGAUUUUACUAAAAUUGUUGUGUUUUAACCCGAGAACACCGGCACUACUAGGUUUUGGUUCCACAGAAUUGUUAAUUCCAUGUCCCAAGGAUACCCUCAUCAUCACCAGGAAUUUUACAGUUCCCAGAAUGAUUACCAGAGAUCCGCGGCCGCCGCCGCUGCUGCUGCGGCGUCGUCUAUGAGAAUUCAUCAGCAGGGAUUUGAAACGCCGCCGCCGCCGAUCCCGCUCCAAGUAGAGGAACCGCCGCCGACGUAUGACAGCGGCGGCGGAAUUCUGGCGGAGAUGAUCAACUACCCUCCAGAGUGGCGGAAAGCUGCCACCGAAAUCUUGGAUGAUCAGAUCCAAUCAUCCUUCAGGUCGUCAUGGCCUCGUCAAAAAGAACAACACCUGUCAGUGAACGAAGCACUUCCCUUCAUGAAUCUUCACAUAAAAGCUUCAUCUCCGCCGCCGCCACGGCCGUCGUCUUCCGCUCUUCACAUGCUCAACAACCCCAACUCCGGCGCCGGAUCUGACCUCAGCCACCACGGCUAUCAUCAUAUGCUCAGCCCGCUGAGCAUGGAGGCGGCAGCGCCGCCGUCGCAGUUCACGUGGAUUCCGGGGAGCAGCAGCGGCGCCGUCGUGGAGAACGAUUCCGCUAAAAUUCGGAGCAUAAUAGAGGCGCAAGGGCUGUCCUUAUCCUUAUCGUCUUCCCUGCGAAACAUGGAAGCCGCGAAGCUUGAGGAGUUGAGGAUAGGGAACGGCGCCAUUAAUUACCUUCAUAAUCAAGGAUUAUUAGAGGCUAAUAAUGCUGCUAAUUAUCACCCCCACCCCCACCCCCACCAGCAACUGUUACAUUCAGGAUUGGCUAUGGAUCUCCCGCCCAACACCCAAGUCCACGUUGGCUACGCCGCCACCAACGUCCUCCGUGGCUCCCGCUACCUGAAGGCGGCGCAGGAGCUUCUAGAAGAAUUCUGCUGCGUCGGAAGAGGGCACUUCAAGAAUCAAAGGGCCAAGAAGAAUGAGAGCGGAAACCCUAAUUCCAUCGCCGCAGAAAGCGGGAAUUCUCCAGCGGGAUCUUCUUCUUCGAAGGAGCAGCCGCCGCCGCUGUCGGCCGCCGACCGGUCGGAAUAUCAGAGGAGGAAAAUCAAGCUCCUAUCUAUGCUUGAUGAGGUGGACGGGAGAUAUGCGCGCUACUGCGACCAAAUGCAGGCAAUGGUGACGUCGUUCGACACGGUGCUGGGGUACGGCGCGGCGGCGCCGUACACGACGCUGGCGCAGAAGGCGAUGUCGAGGCAUUUCCGGUGCAUAAAGGACGCGAUAAUGGUGCAGCUGAAGGAGACGUACAGGCUGCUGGGGGAGAAGGACCCGACGGGGUCUUCCGGGCUGACCAAAGGGGAGACGCCGCGGCUGAGAGUGCUUGACCAGAAGCUCCGGCAACAGAAGGCGCUUAACCAGAUGGGGAUGAUGGAUUCCGAAGCUUGGCGGCCGCAGCGAGGGCUGCCGGAAAGAUCUGUUAGCGUCCUCCGGGCUUGGCUCUUCGAGCAUUUCCUUCACCCGUACCCAAGUGAAGCAGACAAGCAUUUGUUGUCUCGGCAGACUGGUUUAUCCAAGAAUCAGGUUUCGAAUUGGUUCAUUAAUGCUAGGGUUAGGUUGUGGAAGCCGAUGGUGGAGGAGAUGUACCAGCAAGAAUCCAAGGAGGAAGAGGCGGAGGAGCAAGAAAACGCCGCGGCACAGUCCCCAACGCCUGAUGACAGUGGCAAUAAGGGCAUCACUGCCACCGCGACAACGACAACCACAACAAUGCCGUCGCCAGGGGGCAGAAGAUCCGAAUUUAUUGCGACGGAAAACGACCCCUCACGGAGCUAUGCCAUCGUCAAUUAUUCGUCAUCAUCAUCCUCCAGGCCUCAUCAGCACCACCACCAGUACGCCUCGACCACCGUGCCGCAUCUUCCGGACACCGCCUCCGCCACCUCCCCGCGCUGGGAGCCCCCCGGGAUGCACGGCUGGGGGAUGGUGGUGGACGGCGACGUUAGGCUCGGGGCGGCGGCGCAGUCCACCGGAGACGUGUCCCUCACUUUGGGACUCCGGCACUCCGAAAAUGUGCCCAGGAAUACCAGGCUCUCCAUCAGAGACUUUGGAGCCUUUUGAAUUUGCUGGUGUGAUAUGAUGAUCAUUAAAUUAAAACACAUAUCAUAUACUUUAAAAGUAUGAUGACAAUGGUGAUGUUAGCCUAUUGGAGUUGGUAUUAAUUGUAAAAAAAAAACAACACAAAUGAGAAUUGUAUUCUUACUUAUUUGGUUUGUUUUUCUUUUGGUGUGGUGGUUACAUAUUUUAGGGCUUGUAUUUUUUUUUAUAUAAAAAAGUCAAAUGAAUAUGAGUUUUUGUAAGAUAUAUACACGUUCGUUUUACA